AGCAGUGUGUCCUGGAGGUUUUGUUUUUUGCUGAGGCGAGGAUCCUCUUUGUCAGAAACAGAGGACAGUGUUUCAUCAGUAAUGAGGCUAUCAAGACCAUCACUGGCAUCGAACUGUACAUCUCCAACAACAAAAAGUCCUGUGGCUGUCAAAAGGGACUUCUCUGCAUCUUUCCGUGCAAACUCUCGGUCAAGACUGCAAAGAGACAAGAAGAUUGCAAAGUCACUUGCUGUAAUUGUGUGUGUCUUUGCCAUUUGCUGGGCCCCAUAUACUUUACUAAUGAUUAUUCGUGGAGCCUGCCAAGGAAAAUGUGUCCAUCCAAUUCUGUAUGAAAUUACCUUUUGGCUUUUGUGGAUCAAUUCCUCUCUGAACCCAUUUCUUUACCCACUUUGUCAUAUGAGAUUUCAAAUGGCUUUUAUGAAAAUACUAUGUCCCCAGAAGUUGGCAGCAUUGAGAUCAAAUGAUACACCUUCUGUUUAGAGCAUUAAAGUAAAAGAGUCAGAAAUAACAUUUGUCUCUUACUGCCUUUUUUCACAUUUCUUCAAUAGAAGUAAACGUUUGUUUGGUAAUGGCAUUAGUUAAGA